AAUUUAGUUAAAAAUUCCGUGUGCCGCCACACCACACACCAACACAAUACACACACCAACCAAGUUCGCCGUUUCCAACUUUACUUCAAUUUUAGGACAAACAACAUCGUGAAUCUCGAUAUUUAAAGUGUUCCUCUCCGCCACCUUUUCAACUUCUAACUACAUUUCAUUUCACAACACUGUGAGUUUCUCUUCUUUCGAUCUUACCGCAAAAAGUCAGCCUUAGCACUGGUUCUGUUUCUGUACCGAGCUGCCUUGCCAACCUCUGUAAAUGGGCUGUUUCAACUCUAAGCCGACAACACAGUUUCCUGUGAAGGAAGAUCCUGUGAUUCUUGCAUCACAGACUGCUUUCACUGUCAGCGAGGUUGAAGCAUUAUUCGAGCUUUUUAAGAGCAUCAGCAGUUCUGUUGUUGACGAUGGACUAAUAAGCAAGGAAGAAUUUCAAUUGGCAAUCUUCAAGAAUAAGAAAAAAGAAAAUAUCUUUGCGAAUCGGAUCUUUGAUCUAUUUGAUGUAAAGAAGAAGGGAGUUAUUGAUUUUGAUGACUUCGUAAGAUCUCUCAAUGUCUUCCACCCAAAUGCAGCUAUAGAAGACAAGAUAGAAUUCUCAUUUAGGCUCUAUGAUUUGCACAAUACUGGUUUUAUAGAGCGUCAAGAGGUCAAGCAAAUGCUGAUCGCACUUCUUUUCGAAUCUGAAAUGAAGUUGGCUGAUGAUGUGAUAGAAACAAUACUCGACAAGACUUUCAUGGACGCCGACCUGAAUCAAGAUGGCAAAAUAGACAUGGUCGAAUGGCGAAAAUUUGUUUCUGAAAAUCCAUCACUGCUCAAAAUCAUGACUCUACCCUACCUAAGGGACAUAACAACUUCUUUUCCGAGUUUUGUAUUUAAUUCUAACGUGGAUGAAAUUGUUGCUUGAGAGCAUAUAAAAAUAUAGGUUUUGCAAUUAUUGAGAGAACACAACAUUAGGUUCUCAAUUAUUUAGAGAAUUGAAUGUGUUUGUAAGAAGAGCUCAAACAGAAGUGAAUAGAUGACAUGCUUAUUAUAGUUAGCCUUUCUCAUUGAGUUGUAAUUUGUAAAUCACAUUCUCAUUGAAAUUUGAGUCAGGUUUCCAA